AUAUUUUCUGUGUCCCUAAGGCUCUUGCAUAAUGUAUGGCCUACAACGGCCCUGGGUAUGAUCCUAUAGAAAAUCUAAACUACCUAAGUAAUAUAAAUCCGAAAGUGCGUUUGUUAUUUCUUUACGGUUUAUUUUCACGUUUCAAUGAAAUAGGGAAGUUGCCAGACUUAUCUACCUACCUACCGGAUACUUAGCGGUCCUAAGAGCACUACUUGUUGAUAGAUAUCGCUGGCGAAGUAGCGGUCAAGAUAGUUUCAAACAUUCGAGAUGAGCAUAAUUAUUUCAUUUGAGAGAAAAACAUCAAUCCAAGUAGGUAGGUAUAUCAGUAGCGCAAAGGCAAGUCUAGCUAUGGCCUCUACCUGCCCGAAAUGUAGUCUGACCGGUUUUCAUGCUUACGGUCGUAGCCUGCAGUCCGCAAAAUCACUCCCACUAGCCGGUUCCAUCGCACACUUCAAACAUAAUAUUAUCUACCGUUUUAAGCGACCCGAUUUUUGUUUCCUUUUUUAACUAUUACAUACAGUAGGCGAAGUGAAGUUAAUAAAAUCGAACUAGCUUCUUUGCUUUUUUUCGGACACCGAUUUGUAACUAAAAAUAAUGUUUGUGUUAAGUUGUUAAUAGUGAAUAUGCUGAGAUAUAAUCAUAUCUAAUACAUAGGUAUUUUAGAACGAUGUGUUUUAGUGCCAGUGUUAGAUAAAAAUCUUUAUUGGUCACUGAUCAAGAGAUUCUAACACAAACAAACAAAAAUACUAAACAUGAUACAUUAUAAUCCUUCGAACAUGGAAUCUCUACCCAAACAAUUUGUCUCAGCUAUGAGAACUCUGUUCGAUAUCAUGGAUGAUAAACAUACUGGGUAUGUAAAAGUAACGGAUAUCGAAAACCGAUGGCGCGACGACCGCACUAAAGGGCUUCCCCGUGGCGUUAUAGAAAGCCUGCAGAAGGUUGCUUCCCAUGAUGGACUCCUAACGUUUGAAAGCUUUUGCACUGGUCUUAAAAUUUGUCUCUUGCGGAAUCAGGUGCAAAAUGCUUCCAAUAAAAUUAAUGCAAUUUCUGAGGAUAUCGACGCGAAAGGACUGCACUCUCAGAUGAGUAGUGCACAACUCCAUCGCCCUCCUUCUGCUCCUUUAAUGGAUAUAGAUAACACUCAUAAUAGAGAUAGGAGUUGGAAUCUGAUGCGAACAUCGGGAAACUCGACGCAACAUCGAACAACGAGUAUGCCUCAAUUGAUUGAAAAUAAGGACACUCCACUACCAGAGAUACUUUCUAACGGUAAAGCAUCGUCUAUAGCUAAACACGAUACUUCUCAAUCGCAUCGGGUUUACGGGCCUCCAAAACCGCCACGCUUAGAAAAAAACACCAUGGAGAGAAAAGAAAAUUCUAGAAAUUUUAAAUCAGAAGAUAAGAUUUUGGGAAGUGAUGAUAUAGGAGACGUUAGAUUGGAUAAAUUAGAUUUUGAAGACAUAACACGAUCUAUAGAGGGGCAAGAUCGUGGUUUAGGAGAUGGGAGGUCAGCUAAUGGGACACAACAGAAUCUUAGAAAAACACCUCGUCGACGUGAACCCCGCCGCCACACGCUUCAUAACGGUGUUGAUUACAAUCUGCUAAAAAAAAUGAAACAAAUUGAGCAGGAAAAAGAUGUUCUGCUGCAGGGGUUAACUGCUGUAGAGGAAGCGCGGGAAUGGUACUUGAAGCAGUUAACGGAAGUACAAGAUAAGAUGCGCUAUGCGGGAAGGAUGGGUGCUUAUGUGGAACCUUGGAAUGAAGCACAUCAAGAGCGUCUGGAGCUGCUUCGGGCGCGUGUUUUAGAAUUAAACAGACAGCUCGGAGCAUUGGCCGCGGGAUGGCGUCAUGGGCAGUUGUCCCUGCACAUGAAUCUGGCUUUGCCGGCAACUGCUCCGACAACGCCGAACAAUGCCGCUGUGCUCAAGUCACAGAACCGAUUGCUUGCUGAGGAAGUGAAUCGCAAGAAUGAACGAAUAUCUAUUCUAGAGAGAGAAAAGUCAGCGCUUAUAAGAGAAUUACUACUACAAAGAAACAGAACAAAAAUUAUGGAUAAUUUCACAUAAACAUUUUAAAUAAAUUAAUAAAAG